UUCCAAGACCUUUACGAAAGCCCAUCUUGCGCGAUUGUAGGUUACGAGUUAUGUAUAAGCACGUGGGUUGAUCGCCCGUUGGCACCGCCGCCCACUUCCCUCUUUUUUGCAAAAACACUCCGUCGGCGGCGGAUCUCUUUUCCCUCGCGUUUGGAAAAGCUAUUGCCAUUAGCAAAUACAUUCGUUGUUGCCCCGUUGGGUGGGCAUAGAGAGGGUUUGCCUCACGAUGAGCUCGCAAUCGAGCAUCACAGUCCCCGCGGGCCAGUCGCCGCCCUUCGCGGUGGUGACGCCCGACGACCACGAAGCGUACAUCCUCAUCUCGGCGGCGUUUGGGUUGGCCUGUAUCGUGUUCUUCGCGAGCAUUAGGACCGUCGUGCGCACCACCAUCAGCCACGGGAUCGGGCUGGACGACUAUCUGUUCUACACGGCCACCGGGCUGGCCAUCAUCCAGUCGGGCAUCGUCCUGGGAGCCUGCUCGAAGGGCCUGGGCAAGGCGCUGCGGCUGGUGUCCCUGGAGUCGCAGCACGAGGUGCAGAAGAUGGUCUACGCCAGCAACCUGUUCUUCAUGGUCAUCAUCGGGCUCUCCAAGAUCUCGAUCGUGUCCUUCCUCCACCGCAUCUCGCGCAUGAAGCAGCACCGGCUGGUCUUCAACAUCGCCAUGGGAUUGCUCGGCGUAUGGACCGUGGGCGCGUUCCUGACCAUGGCCUUUCAAUGCGACCUGUCGCACCCGUGGUUGACCGUCGGUCAGAAGUGUCCGGGAGUGCUUCGACGCGUGCAAGUCAUUGGCGCUCUAGACAUUGUGACCGAGGUCGCCAUUGUAGCCUUGGUCGGCUACCUGGUCCACGACCUGCAGACGUCGGUCUCGAGUAAAAUGACGGUCUUGUCCAUUUUCGGGAUCCGCCUGUUUCUCGUCAUCUUCAUUGCGUUCCGCAUGCACACCUUCUCCCAGAGCGGCUACACGACGGAACCCCUGCUCCACGAGUCCAGCUUCAUCGCGUGGACGCAGAGCGAGAUGACCUACUCGCUGGUGUCGGCCACGGUGCCCAUCUUCCACAACUUCCUCAAGAGCUUGAGCACGGGGUUCGGCGGCAUGCACGCCACCAGCAACGGGUACGGCUACGGCAGCGGCACGCGCAGCCACGCCCACGCCCAGGACGCGAAGAGCUUCCAGAUGUCCAAGCUGCGGUCCAAGAACAAGAGCGCCGCCAUGCCGUCCAUCAACGACGACCGCGACGAGUACUACGGCCACCACGCCAAGGCGCUGACGGCCGAGCAGCUCGCGGGCGCCCCCGCGGCGUCGACCACGGUGCAGUGGUCCGGCGGCGGCAGUGGCAUCCGAGGCUCCAACGGCGAAACCACCAGUAUCAACAGCGACGAAAGCCAACGAUACAUGAUCAGGAAGGAUGUCCAAUGGGAAGUGCGGACGGAACUCAGGGAAUGAAUUUAGGACCUUUUGUGUUUUAUUGUACUGUAAAACUACCAGAACAGCAGUUACGUCUUGGGGGGAAAUGGGAAAAAUCGGGUGCGGUUUUUUUUUUAUCCUAGCAGGAUCAAACUGCCGCUGGUGCACAUAUAUAUAUUAGACCUGUAGUGACAACAGACACGGACGACGCCCAGGGCGUCAACUUGGACCACCACUCCUUAGCGACGAUCAUUACCUGGGUCGGACCCCGUAGUCACCUUUCAAGGCAUACUAUCAAGAAGCCGUCGCUCGGGACGAACUCAGAAGGCUGCUCUAACGACCUUGACAACGACUGACUUGGGCCUCAACCCUUGAGGAUACCAAAGUGUCCA